AUGUGGCUUUUCAGGAGAAAGCUUUCUAAAAUUCCCAGAGGCCUCCUUUGGCUCAUUGUUUUAAUCAACUUCUGCAUCUUCAUUGUUUAUUUGAGCUCCUGGUUUGACUUGAGGAAGACCAGGAUUUUCAGGUUUGGGAAAUGGAUCAUUGUCCAGCACGGGGAAUAUCUGCUAAAAAUGGACAGCCCAGAGCAACAGAGGGGAGGCCAUGCUGGUAAUGGGAGCUCAGGGAGCCUUUUAAAGAUGAGCUGGGGGGGAGACACCACAAAGCUCACAGAAGAUAGGGUUGAGAAGACAUCAAGAUGGGAAGGAAAGGAAGAGCAGAAGGAAAUGGUGAGAACAGUUGCUAAGAUGGAGAAAGUGGAGGAGUACAUGACUGUGGAACCACCCUCCUGGUUGGAGGGAACCAAGGAGACAACAGUGAAAACAACCCCGAGGGUGCAUGGAAACAAGGAGACAACAACAGUGAAACCAUCCCCAGAGGUGGAAGAAGCUGCAGAAAAGACAACAGUGAAAGCAUUUCCCAGAGUGGAGGGAAACAAGGAGAAGACAACAGUGAAACCAUCCUCUGGGUUGAAGGGAGCUCAUGAGAACAACAUAUCCAAGGACCAAACAAAGCCAAAAGAGCCUCCUGCAUCAGUGCAGACUGCAAGACCUGUUACUUAUGUUGCUGCAGGGACAGAAAAGAAAUUGAGGGCUGCUGACUUCAAGUCUGAGCCACAGUGGGAUUUUGAUGAUGAAUACCUGUUGGACAGCUCAUCUCCACCCUCGACCUGCUCUGAAUCAGUGAAGGCCAAAGCUGCCAAGUCUGACUGGCUUCAAGACCUUUUUCUGCCCAACAUCACCCUCUUCACAGACCAGAGGUACUUCAGUGACACCGAGUGGGAGCGUCUGGAGCAUUUUGCACCUCCCUACGGCUUCAUGGAGCUGAAUUAUUCACUGGUGAAGGAGGUCAUGGCCCUCCUGCCACCGAAUCCUCACCAGCAGCUGCUCCUGGCCAACAGCAACAGCAGCAUGCCAGCAUGCAUCAGCUGUGCAGUUGUGGGGAAUGGAGGAAUACUGAAUAAUUCUGGGAUGGGCCAGGAGAUUGACUCCCAUGACUACGUCUUCCGUGUGAGCGGGGCUGUAACCAAAGGCUAUGAAAAAGAUGUGGGAACAAAAACCUCCUUUUAUGGAUUCACAGCCUACUCCCUGGUGUCCUCCCUCAUGGUCUUGGGACGCAAAGGCUUCAGCAAGAUCCCACAGGAGAGACAUGUCAGAUACAUUCACUUCCUGGAGGGAGCCAGAGACUAUGAGUGGAUGAGGGCUCUUCUGCUGAACACAGACAUCAGGAAAGGAUUCUUAAACAGAUUUGGGCAGAAGCCCCGGGAGAGAUUCAGUAAAGAUUUCACACUGGACAGAUACCUGGUGGUUCAUCCUGAUUUCCUCAGAUAUGUGAAAAACAGGUUUUUAAAAUCUGCAAGACUGCAGAGGCCCUCCUGGCGCCUGUACAGACCCACAACUGGGGCCUUCCUGCUGAUGACUGCCCUCCACCUCUGUGACCAGGUGAGUGCCUAUGGCUACAUCACGGAGGGGCACAGGAAGUACUCAGAUCACUACUAUGACAAGGAGUGGAAACGUCUGGUGUUCUACCUCAACCAUGACUUCAACCUGGAGAAGCAGCUGUGGAAAAAACUUCAUGAUGAGAACAUCAUGAAGCUUUACCAGAGAUCCUGACUGUGUGCUGAGGGCUGUUGCCUGGGAAAGCUCAACCCCAGCUCACUGGGAAUGGCAGAAGGACCACCAGAGCCAAGGUUAGCUCUAGACUUCCAGACACAAUUCAUCUCCACAAAGGUGUUUUCUUCCUUCCUUCAGCACCACUAUUCUCUCACAACAUUUCUACAAAUGUACAAAUGCUACAGACCAGGAGAAGAACAGCAAGAAAUUGCACCACACCAACAAAGAAGUCCCAGCUGCCUGUGCAGUCAGACUGUUGCUGAUGGUUGUAGGCACUGGUGUUGGAUCUGGGUAGCAUAUGGUCCAGUGUCCUGCCCAACCUCUUCAUCCAGGGUUUCUCUUUUCAAGGAAAUGCUCCUGAGGCUGAGGCUGCUGCUUUUGUGGGUGGAUCCUCUCUGUUAGAAGUGCCCAUCAUGGAGCUGGGUGGGUUGUCUGAGCAACUUCCUCUGCAUCUAGUGGAUGGAGAUGGAAACACAGCUGCUGUCUCAGGCUGACUUAGUUCCUGGAGGUGCCACUUUCACUCUGCUCCCUGCAGAUAAAAAGGAUGGAUCAGACAUUUCCAGGUGACAGAUUUGAAAAAGAGAAGUCUCUCUUCUGCUUGCCACUGUGGCCUCGUCAUGACAACUCCAGAGGAGCACCACCAGUGACUCAAGGGCAGGUACCUGCUUUCCAUGAUGCAGCAAGCAUGCCACAUUUGCUGCCUCUUGCUCUGGACUUGCCUCGACUUCAGGAUGUGUGAAUAUUGUGUCAGGGUCCUGCCAAGUCCCUGCUCAGCCAGGCUUUGGCAUGCUUGGCUCCCAGCUGGGCCAGGAGCUCUGCAUUUUCCCUCUGGCCAGGGGCAGUAGGAGCUCUCCAGGAUCAGGGGUGGAUGCUGCCCCUUGCUGCUGCCUGGAGUGCCUGUUCCUCAGUGUGCUGAGAGGAACUGGGUUGCA